GGAUACGUAUUCCAAUAAUAUAACUAUAAGAUUACAAGUAUAAACAGGGUUGUACAACUAUACGUAUUUAGUAUAACUGUGCAAUGAUGUUGAGGGGUAUAUGUAAACUUUCGGUGAUUUCUAUUUUGGUGGCUCUAGCAUCUGGAUGCUCCUACGUCCCUAGAGUGGACCAGCAGGAUUACUGCUAUGCAGACUACGCUUUUGAGGCCGAAGUUAAAAGCCCAAAAGAGCAGGAGGACAACUCGGGAUAUUAUAAAUAUGAAAUAUACAUCCAUACCGUCUUCAAGGGAGAGAUCAAGGAGAAAUUAGCCACGGACACAAUCUACGGUGAUGGCCCUUUCCAUUCCUGUGGACCCCAGAUAUUAAACGUCGGCACUACCUACCUAAUAUAUGCAAAAGAAAGAGAUGGCAAGGUAAAAGUUGUUACUUACAAAGCAAUCGAUGAUGUCAGUGAUGACGACAUCGAACGGAUGACGACAAAGUACGACUGUAGUUGUCAGAUAAAAUUCAAUUACGACAAGAUAAGAGGAAUUCCAAAUGCUCCGGAACUCCCAAAGGCCACCGAAAACGAGUGUAAUGUCCCGGAUGAGUGGUGUUCUAGGAAUGCUUUCUGUCAAAGAAAUGACGAGGGCAGAUGUACAUGGGGUGAACUAGGAUCCUGUAACUGAGCUAAUUAAGCAGUUAAUUUCAAUGUGAUUAACCGUAGAGAAUUCGACGAAAGAAUAUAGUAGUGUUAAGAAAAGAGAAAGAAAUGAAAAUUAAUAAAAACAAUUUUUGGCA